CAAAAAAAAAACUCGCACAGAACAGCAGCCGAUUAGUUUACCUCUGUAACAAUAAGCACCUCGUGAAAAGUUUUCUUGUGUUUCUUGAACUUUGCUCUCGUAGUUAAUCUGAACAACAAAGCCCUGCCAGCUCUCUUACAGUCACACCCCACCCACCGGCUGCACUUUUUGACAUAACGGCGGGCUGCCAAAGUCGGUUCUGCUUAUUAUCGUCCAAACCCCUCAGGGAGAAGAAGCCUGUGAUCAGUGAAGAAAUGUCCGACGAUCAGUCAGCAUCCGGGGAUACUUACCUGAAGGAAUAUAAAGGCUAUCAUUUCCUUAAGGAGAAAACUUCUUCGGAGUACAUCCAGUCAUUGGAAGACUUUGAAAUUCGGGACAGCGAUGUGUUUCUCGUGACGUAUCCAAAAUCAGGUACAGUGUGGACCCAGCAAAUCGUGACCCUGAUCUUUGAGGAUGACUGCACUGAGGACUACCAGAAGAACAUCGAGCGAAUGCCUUGGAUUGAGUUCCCAAUGGAUGGCUAUGACUUUGUGAAUCGUCCAUCACCUCGCCUCUAUGCCAGUCACCUGCCGUACCAUCUGGUGCCCAAAGCUUUGAAGGAAAAGAAAGCCAAAGUAAUUUAUGUGUUCCGAAAUCCUAAAGAUACCAUGGUAUCCUAUUUCCACUUUUCCAAGAUGAUGAAUGACCUGGAAACAAUGCCAUCGAUUACUGAGCUAAUUGAGAGAUACUUAAAUGGAAAGGUUCUUGGAGGCUCCUGGUUUGAUCAUGUCAAAGGCUGGUAUGAUCACAAGGACCAAGUGAAUGCCCUCUUUUUAUCAUAUGAAGAAAUCAGCAAGGAUCUCCGCAGUGCAGUUCUAAAAAUAAGUAAAUUCGUUGGCAAGCAGCUGGAUGACGCCACCAUUGACAAAAUUGUAGAAAAGUCCACUUUUAAAAACAUGAGGAAUGAUCCAAAAGCAAAUUAUGAGUUCAUGCCUGAUCAUGUUGCCGACAAGAAAAAAGGACGUUUUAUGCGGAAAGGCACAGUUGGAGACUGGAAACAUACCCUGACCGUGGCACAAAAUGAAUACUUUGAUGAAGUAUUCCAAGCAAAGAUGAAGGGAGUACCUUUGAAGAUGAUUUGGGAUCUCGAUGAAUGAGAAAUUCUACUGCAGGAUCAAAUUCCGUUUUUUAUAGCACUUACAUUUUGAUGGUAGCACUUGCAAUUUGAGGAGGUCAGUUUCGGUGUCGGUUGAUUUAGAGUGUACUUGGGUGCUUUAUUCCUUUGUUAGUACAGUAUGAAUACACACUUUUUGAUUAAAAAAAGAGCAGGUCUGGGGCCAGAGGUACAAAUAAGAAUGCCCUGAAGAACUGAUGGUACCUCUGGUAAAGAUAAGCUAAAAUUCUAUUACAAAAUGCCUUCAUUAUUCAUUAGCCUGUUCUUAUACUCCAAUUAUUAAAGAAAUCUAAACUUUCACUGGGGUAUAACUACUUAAAAAAUUCAUAACAAACACGCACAUAUCACUUUUAUUGAUACCCCAGGAAAUUUUAAAUAAGAUAUAUUUUGAUUCGUAUUCAACCCUUAGGAACUCUUAAGUGGUGAGUCAUGAUUUUCUGUUUCACUUGGAUAUAAAUACACAUUAACCCACAAGCCAAACCCCUUUAGUCAUCCAUCAGCAAGCGUCAAACCAUAGAAUCCACAAAUUGAAUGGUACAAAUGAUGGACAAUCUUUAUAAAUCAGACAAAGGCUAUGACAAAAAGCUUCAGGCCACAUAAUCUCCAUUUCCACGAUUACUUCAAUGUCUCAGACAUUUUAAACACAUAGAACUGUGAUGAACCUUCCUGGAAGGGGAUGCAAGCCUGCGUUGCCUCAAUGCACAGUCCAAGAACCAAACCUUUCACCAAGGAGUCACAUUUGAGAAAUUGUAAUGGUUGAAAGAAGUCUCCAAAUCUACAAUUACACACCAGCAUCAAUCAACUUUAUCAGGGCUUGUCACAGGAAUGCCUUGACUGACCUCACACCACAGCCAGAGAAGCUUGAAGUUUGUUAAACGUUACUGGGACCGAGUUCUGUGAUCAGGCUGAAACAAAAAUAAAGUUUUCUUCCAACCAACACCAAA